GACCAUCCUCAUCGACUCACCAAAUCUUCCAUUUUCAGAAAAAAAAACAGCAAUGGUAGCUGAACUCAAGCAAUGAUCUUUCUUCUUUCCUUCACAAAUUCAGCUGCUACUCAUCUCGUCUCCCUCUCCAAAUUCCCAAUUCUCAGAACCCCACAAUUCUCCACCAUGUCUACCAAUUUCUUCAAGUCUCACGCCUUUGCAGGCAACCCCAUAAAGCUAAGAACCCCUAAACCAACUGAUCCAUUUUCACCACCCUCUGCUCUCAAGACCCUUAAAAACCUUCUUUUAGGAAAUACCCAUGAACCCCAUUCCCCUAAUUUCAAGAUCUUGCCUUUCAGAAAGGGAAGGCCAUUGGCUGGUUCAGUUAGGGAUUCGAAUGAGCCGAAUUGGCAUCUGGGUUGGUUGAGUUUUGGGGAUUGUAAGGCUUUUUUGGAGAAUUCUGAGGUUAAUUUGAGUGAAGAUACUUUGGUUUAUCUGGGUUCUGAUUCUGAGGGUGAUGGGGUUUAUGUUGUGUACUGGGGUAUUGAUGUGACAGAGGCUGGUAAUGGAUUGGUUAAAGAAUUGGGGGGUAAUCAGUUUUGCUUUGUUGAGCUUAGGACUUUGAUGGUUGCCACUGAUUGGGAAAAUGCUUCAUCCAUGGGACAACUUGCUAUUGCUGGUCAUGCCAGAUCAUUACUAGAAUGGCAUACAGUAUCACGUUUUUGUGGAUUUUGUGGUGGUAAGAACAUUUUAAUUGAUGCUGGGAGACGGAAACAGUGCUCUAAUGAGUUAUGCAAGAAGAAAAUCUAUCCUCGAGUUGAUCCAGUUGUGAUUAUGUUAGUUAUUGACAAAGAGAAUGACCGUGCGCUAUUAAGUAGGCAGUCAAGAUUUGUGCCUCGCAUGUGGAGUUGUCUAGCUGGUUUCAUGGAGCCAGGAGAAAGUUUGGAGGAGGCUGUGAGAAGAGAAACAUGGGAGGAGACCGGUAUUGAAGUUGGACAAGUUGUUUACCAUAGUUCUCAGCCAUGGCCUGUUGGACCUAGCAGCAUGCCAUGCCAACUUAUGGUGGGAUUCUUUGCGUAUGCAAAAUCACUGGAUAUUAAUGUGGAUAAGGAGGAAUUAGAAGAUGCGAAAUGGCACAGCAGAGAAGAUGUGAAAAAGGCACUCACAAUUGCGGAAUACAAGAAGGCACAGAGGACUGCUGCUGGUAAAGUGGACCAAAUGUGCAAGGGUGUAGAAAGAGGACAGAGUUUGUCUUCCGAUUUCAAUGUGGAAAGUGGGGAACUUGCUCCUAUGUUUAUCCCGGGGCCCUUUGCAAUUGCUAAUCAUCUCAUUUCCUCUUGGGUGAAUGGGAUUGAAUCACAACUUGCAAGUUCUUUCUCAAAUUUAUAGGACUUUAGUAAUUGACAUCAACAAUGUUGUUCUCAAAGCUUCUUAGGUAAGUAAGAUCUUCCAUAUCGUCAAAUCUUCAUUGUAUUGUCGUAUCUUCCUCUUCA